AUUCAUACGAAACCGCAACGGUAUACAUAUCCAUCCAUACACAGUCACUGUCCAUUUCCAUUCUCCAUCUCCCUACCCAUCCAUCCUUCACUGUCGUAGUCCACUUACCUAUUCGAUACAAUGAUGCAACAACAACAACAACAACAACACGCAGCACAACGACGAGCGGGGGUCGGAACUAUCCUACUGUCGCUUUGGUUCGUCCCGGCGGCGACUGCCUUUGCACCCUCCACUCCUCUCGCGUUCCGAACGCAGACACCCGUCGUCACGACUAUUGCCAAAGUAGCACGCACGCCUUUGACCUUGUCGGCGGUUGUGGACAUUGGUUCGGAAAGUGCCUUUGACCAGACGAUUGCCAGUGCGGGUGGGAGUCUCGUCGUGGUCGACUACAGCACCACCUGGUGCGGACCCUGCAAGGUCAUUGCUCCCAAGUUUGAAGAACUUUCGGAAAAGUACGGCGACGCCGUCUUUCUCAAGGUCAUUGGAGACGCCUCCCCCGACGCGUCCAAACUGAUGAAACGGGAAGGCGUCCGCUCCGUACCCAGUUUUCACUACUUCAAAAAUGGUGAGAAAGUGGACGUCGUCAACGGUGCCAAUGCGGAAGCCAUCGAAGCGGCUAUUGCCAAACACGGUGCGGAGCGUUAGGAUCGGGUGCGACGAUGCAUGCACGAAACCAAUCUACCAAAUCACGCACGCACACACACACAAAAAGUAGGAACGUUGCGUAGGAUACGGAUGCUACGCAAUCCACGUAAAAACAGUUCUUAAAGACAAUCACGUACACGU